GACAGCCUCCCGGGCGCGCGCAGCUUCACUUCCGGCGUGCGAGGCGGUGACAAUGGGAGCGGCGCGGGCGGCGCCGGGAGGCAGCUGACAGGCGUCUACGACUUCGCUUCAUGGCCGCUCUGCCGCCCCGCCUGGGCUCGGGUGGCAGUGGGAGAGCCCGCGGCGGCCCGGAGCCCGAGCUGGCGUGGCGAGCGGGGGACCUGGGUGCGGCGCCGCUGAGGCGCAGCAUGUAAAGAGGAGACGGCAGGCAGCGCGCGGCGAGCCUCUCAGCCGGCCGGGAUGGCUACGACGGCCGAGCUGUUCGAGGAACCUUUUGUGGCCGAUGAGUAUAUCGAACGUCUUGUAUGGCGAACCCCAGGAGGAGGCUCCAGAGGGGGCCCUGAAGCAUUUGAUCCAAAAAGAUUAUUAGAAGAAUUUAUAAAUCAUAUUCACGAACUUCAGAAAAUGGAUGAAAGGAUUCAAAGGAAAGUAGAGAAACUAGAGCAACAGUGUCAGAAAGAAUCCAAGGAAUUUGCCAAGAAGGUUCAAGAGCUCCAGAAAAGCAAUCAGGUUGCCUUUCAACAUUUCCAAGAACUUGAUGAACACAUCAGUUAUGUAGCAACCAAAGUCUGUCACCUUGGAGACCAGUUGGAAGGGGUAAACACACCCAGACAACGGGCAGUAGAGGCUCAGAAAUUGAUGAAAUACUUCAAUGAGUUUUUAGAUGGAGAAUUGAGAUCUGAUGUUUUUACAAAUUCUGAGAAGAUAAAGGAGGCUGCCGACAUUAUUCAGAAAUUGCACCUAAUUGCCCAGGAGUUACCAUUUGAUAGAUUUUCAGAAGUAAAGUCCAAAAUUGCAAGUAAAUACCAUGAUUUAGAAUGUCAGUUGAUUCAGGAAUUUACAAAUGCUCAAAGAAGAGGUGAAAUCUCCAGAAUGAGAGAAGUAGCAGCAGUUUUACUUCAUUUCAAGGGUUAUUCCCAUUGUGUAGAUGUCUAUAUAAAGCAGUGCCAGGAGGGUGCUUACUUGAGAAAUGAUAUAUUUGAAGAUGCUGCAAUACUCUGUCAACGGGUGAACAAACAAGUUGGAGAUAUCUUUAGUAAUCCAGAAACAGUGCUGGCCAAACUUAUUCAAAAUGUAUUUGAAAUCAAACUACAGAGUUUUGUGAAAGACCAAUUAGAAGAAUGUAGGAAGUCUGAUGCAGAACAGUAUCUCAAAAAUCUUUAUGAUCUAUAUACAAGAACCUCCAAUCUUUCCAGCAAAUUGAUGGAGUUUAAUUUAGGUACUGAUAAACAGACUUUCUUGUCUAAGCUUAUCAAAUCCAUUUUCAUUUCCUAUUUGGAGAACUAUAUUGAAGUGGAGACUGGAUAUUUGAAAAGCAGAAGUGCUUUGAUUCUGCAACGCUAUUAUGAAUCAAAAAACCAUCAGAAGAGAUCGAUUGGCACAGGAGGUAUUCAAGAUUUGAAAGAGAGAAUUAGACAACGUACCAAUUUACCACUGGGACCAAGUAUUGAUACUCAUGGGGAAACUUUCCUAUCCCAAGAAGUGGCGGUUAAUCUUUUACAAGAAACCAAACAAGCCUUUGAAAGAUGUCAUAGGCUCUCUGAUCCUUCUGAUUUACCAAGGAAUGCCUUUAGAAUUUUUACCAUUCUUGUGGAAUUUUUAUGUAUUGAGCAUAUUGAUUAUGCUUUGGAGACAGGUCUUGCUGGAAUUCCUUCUUCAGAUUCUAGGAAUGCAAAUCUGUAUUUUUUGGAUGUUGUGCAACAGGCCAAUACAGUUUUUCAUCUUUUUGACAAGCAGUUUAAUGAUCACCUUAUGCCACUAAUAAGCUCUUCUCCAAAAUUAUCUGAAUGCCUUCAGAAGAAAAAAGAAAUAAUUGAACAAAUGGAGAUGAAACUGGAUACUGGCAUUGAUAGGACAUUAAAUUGUAUGAUUGGACAGAUGAAGCAUAUCUUAGCUGCAGAACAAAAGAAAACAGACUUUAAGCCAGAAGAUGAAAACAAUGUUCUGAUUCAAUAUACUAAUGCCUGUGUUAAAGUCUGUGCUUAUGUAAGAAAGCAAGUAGAGAAGAUUAAAAAUUCCAUGGAUGGGAAGAAUGUGGAUACAGUUCUGAUGGAACUUGGAGUACGUUUUCAUCGACUUAUUUUUGAGCAUCUUCAACAAUAUUCCUACAGCUGUAUGGGUGGCAUGUUAGCAAUUUGUGAUGUUGCUGAAUAUAGGAAGUGUGCCAAAGACUUCAAGAUUCCACUGGUAUUACAGCUUUUUGAUACUCUGCAUGCACUUUGCAAUCUUCUGGUAGUUGCCCCAGAUAAUUUAAAGCAAGUCUGUUCAGGAGAGCAACUUGCUAAUCUGGACAAGAACAUUCUUCACUCCUUCGUACAACUUCGUGCUGACUAUAGAUCUGCUCGCCUUGCUCGACAUUUCAGCUGAGGUUGAAUUUACCAGGAAAAUGAGCUGUAUUAACAGGCCUUGGUUGAUAGAAAGCACAGGAGAUUUCUUACAACACAGCCAACAUUUUAGGGGGGGGAAAUAAAUGACUGUUUAGAAAAAACAGCAGCCAUACUUAAAGCUGAGUAUUUAUUUGAAAUUUGGACACUACUAGCCAUAUUUUUCUUUUUUACCCUGAUGUUGAAUUCUGAACUUAUGUUCAGAAUUGUUCCAUUCUGAACUUAUAAAUUUUGAAAUCCGUGAAAAUACAUGUUACUGAUUCAUCUAGAAAAUGUUGGUGUCAGAAGGAAAAUGGGGUCAUUUUCAGUGUUCCAAGUUCUAUUCUAAUAUGUUCCUUUGGAAUAUUUCACCAUCCUGUUUUUCCAUUAAUGAUAAAAUACAGCAAAAAUGUAUUUAUUAUUUAUCAAUUUCUAUUUCUCUUUCCAGCACUGGUCAUUACUAAUCAAUUAUUUUAGGUUUCCUAGAGAACAUUUAGCCUUUUUCCAGAAGGUUGUUUAACAAUUCAACAUCAUUUCUGUAGUUGGUUGAUUGGAUAUUUCUGAAAUAAAAUAACACUAAAAUAACACUGUUCCAGGAAAAAAAUGUUAUAAACUAAAAUUGAUUAAAUAUUUUAUGUAGUUAUAGAAGUAGGUCAGAAUAGAUCUGCUUUCUGGAGAAAAAAAAUGAGAAAGUUUAUUAUUAUUUAGUAAACAGAUUUUAAACCAAUGCUAGCAAGAAAUUAAUGAAACUACCUUAUUUUAUAUUUCAUUUAAGAGAAGGUGGAGAAAUGUAACUAAAGGACCAUAUUUAUUCAUUAUUUUAAUAUUAUAAAGGAAGUGGAAAUUUGAAGUAUAGUCUAAAUGGUGCAUAUGAGAAUAUUGACAAUGUUUAGCAACGAUGCAAUUCUUUUAAGAUUUUAUUGUUAAUGCUAAACUUAAAUAUGGGAUGGCUAAACAUGCAGGUAGCUUCUAUUUUAAGAGGGUCUGGGAAUUCACAGAUAACAUUAUAUGUUCUAAAUAUAGGAUGAUUUUUGCUAAGACUGCUUUCCAAAACUAUUACUUCUGUCAUUGUUUUCUAAAACAUUUCUGAAGUUAUUCCAAUGAAUGUAAAUUGACUUAAUAUCGUGAUGUAAUAAAUCACAUAAAACUUAGAACAUUGUGGAAAUUCAGAAAGGCCAUUAAUCUAUAAACUUGCUCUGCAAGAAUGCAUUCAUAAUAUGUUGCAUUGCAAAUUCCAUAUUGAUGUUCAUAGUCUUCUAGCAACAGAUAAACUUGUAAAUUUUUUUUUCUUUAAAGUGGCUUUUCAGCCUACUUUUAAGUGUAUGUUUCUGAGUGGUCAUCAACUUUACCAAAAGUUCCAACUCCAGAGCUAGCUAUUAUUUAACUUACAGUUGACUGAAUAUUCUUCAUUUUCUGUUUAACCCAGUGUUAAUCAAGUUAAGCAAGAGAAAUGAAGUAUGCCAACUUUUAUCAAAGCAUUUGUGGAAAUUGUGGCAGCUCUAAAGGCUGUCUAGUUUUCUAUUCCUUAGGUAAGGGAGAGCCAGAACAAGUUUUGGAUACUAAGAAAAAGUCAUAUGCUUGUACUUUUGUUAUUUUAGAAAGCUCUGAUGUGAAUUCAAAUUAUACCUCUGUUACUUAAAGCCAACAAUUUUUAGGCAGUAGUUUUACUGGCCAUUUGAACUCUUUGUACAUGGUGUCAAUUUGUAAAAAAAAAAAAAAAAAGGAAAAAAAUCUCAAAUAAAUAUGAGAGAACACUUGACGACCUCAAAUCAGAGAAGCGAUUCAAAUUAUUUUGUUUGAAUUAAUUCUUUACAUGUGAAAAAUUAAUGUUGCUUAGAUAUUUUGUUAAUUACUUUUUCCUUGCUUGAGUCUGUGCAAUAUUUUCUAUUAUGUCCAUUGACAGAGCAGUGACAAAAUUCAUGAGUAAAUACUUAAUUUAGAAGUGUUAACAUAUUGCUCAAUAAACAAAUUCCCUGUA